AGUUGCAUGUCGGACUAGUCAGCCUGAAAAAUAAAAAGAUACAGAAUGGCAGAAGAAGAGGAAAAGGGAUACAGAUGGGAAACAGAAUACGAGCGGACUUGGGAAGCUAUUCAAGAAGAUGAGAAAGGCUCACUGCAGGCUAGCGUAGAUGAUAUUGUCAGUAAAGCCAAGAGGAGGAAACUCCUUGAGAAAAUCAGUAAUGUCCGACUUGGUAUGAUGAGACAUUUAUUUCUUAUAAUUGACAUCUCUGAAGCCAUGAGUGACCAAGAUCUGAAACCAACCCGUCUCUUGUCCACCUUAAAACUUUUGGAGUAUUUUGUUGAAGAGUAUUUUGAUCAAAAUCCAAUCAGCCAACUGGGUAUCAUUACCACAAAGAACAAAAGAGCAGAAAAGAUAUCAGAGCUGGGAGGAAAUCCCAGAAGACAUAUAACCAUGUUACAGAGCCUUGCAGAUCAAGUGUGUCAUGGGGAACCUUCUCUCCAGAACUCAUUAGAACUGGCUAAUCAAACUCUCAGACAUAUGCCAGGACAUGCCAGCAGAGAAGUGUUGGUGGUGCUGGGAAGUCUGACGACAUGUGACCCAGAGAAUAUACACAGCACCAUCUCCGUCCUUAAAGAUGGAAACGUUAGGUGUUCUGUCAUAGGUCUGGCAGCAGAGGUGUGCAUCUGUAAAAAGUUAUGCAAGGAAACACAUGGUAGCUACAAUGUAAUUCUGGACGAGAGUCAUUUUAAAGAUCUCCUGACACACCAUGUCACUCCUCCACCAGCCACGGCAAGCACAGAGUCAUCACUCAUCAGGAUGGGUUUUCCUCAUCAUCAACUCAGUUCAGACAAAGAAGAGAGACCAUCCAUGUGCAUGUGUCAUCUUGACAGCAAAAAUGGUCAGGGCUUCAGUAGCACAGGAUAUUUCUGUCCCCAGUGUAAAAGUAAAUACUGUGAGCUGCCCAUUGAGUGCAAGGCAUGUGGUCUAACUCUUGUGUCAGCCCCACACCUGGCUCGUUCAUAUCAUCACCUGUUUCCAUUAGAACAGUUUCGUGAAAUUCCUGUAGCUCAGAUUGGAUCAAAUGUGAUAUGCUUCUCUUGUCUAUCAACUGUUCAGGAACUUAAUGUGUACGUAUGUAACAAUUGUGAGCAGAUUUUCUGUUUGGACUGUGAUUUAUUUAUCCAUGAGACAUUACAUUCCUGCCCUGGGUGUGCUAGCUCUAGACAAACACAACAAUUAGCCAAAAUGGCUGGCUUUUCUUGACAGGAAUAAAGAACUACAACAGAAAAAUGACUUAAGUUUAAUAUUUUUGAAAGACUGUAAUGAAUGGAAAACAUACUAAAACCCUCUUGAAAAAUUGACAAUAUACAGGUAAAGCUAAAAAAAAUAAAACACAUAUUUUUAGGUUUAUCAAA